CGUCGACGCAGCUGUCAGAACAGCGCGACUUCAGUCCGUGGUUGUGAACGGGAUGUGCAAUGUGUGUGCGUGCAUUUAAGCUGAAAAAAAAAACAAUAAUAAUGAAGCGUGCAAAACGCUUUCUGUUUUAAUCUGAGGGUUUCAUUCGUCACGGGAGCUGUGUGCGUCCGCUGUGUGUAAAUAUUGUACGUUUUGUCUUGAGAGGCAGAAGACGGAGAGCUGCUGCUACUGUAAAACAAAACAGCCUCUAUUCCAUAGACUGUAUAAAAACAAUAAUCAUAAAGAUGCAGAUCACGAGCCAGAAGCGCAGGAAAUGAUCGCUCUGCACGGAAUCUAGCAGUGACAUCAUGAAUCUGGUCCGUCUUGUGUGUCGUCACAAGACAGCCCUGGCACUCGGUGUCUUCUUCCUAUUCGCCAUCGUCCUUUUGUUCCUCGCCAAAUGUACGUCUGAGACACUGAAGCCGGCCGAGUCCCCAGGGGCGGCGCCGCGGGCCGAAGCACGACCGAAGCAUUCGGCAGGACCUCCUCACGCCAAACAGCUCUCUUCAUUCCUGGCCGUCCUCGUCACCACGGGCCCGAAGUACACGGAGCGCCGCAGUAUCCUCCGGAGCACCUGGCUGACCAAACACGAUCCCGAAGUGCUCUACUGGUUUGUGGUCGGCACCGAGGGUUUACCUCCGGAAGACCUCCAGAACCUGGGAUCCGAGCAGAUCCGUCACCGGGACCUCCUCCUGCUCCCUGACCUCCGGGACUCGUACGAGAACCUCACGCAGAAGCUGCUCCACAUGUACUCCUGGUUGGACCAAAAUGUUGACUUUAAGUUCGUUCUGAAGGCCGACGAUGACACCUUCGCCCGCUUGGAUGUCCUCAAAGAGGAGCUGAAGACGAAAGAGCCCAGCCGACUCUACUGGGGCUUCUUCUCCGGCCGCGGGAGAGUGAAAACGGCCGGGAAAUGGAGAGAAAGUGCGUGGGAGCUGUGCGACUACUACUUGCCUUACGCUCUGGGUGGAGGCUACGUGCUGUCUGCUGACCUCGUGCACUACGUACGUCUCAACGUACGGUUUCUGAAGACCUGGCAGAGUGAGGACGUGUCCCUGGGCGCCUGGUUGGCCCCGGUGGACGUGAAGCGGGUUCACGAUCCGCGCUUCGACACGGUUAUAAUAACUAGUAUUCCAGUCACAAAUUCACCUUCAAAAUUCCUUAAUCAAUAUUUAUUCUAAUAAAACGUGCUCCCUUGCAUAAAGUAAUGAAGUCCAUAAGCAGGUUGAAUCUCACCUGUGUGUUGUGAUAUAGCAGGAUAUUGAACCGUAGGUCUGUCAUCACGAGGCAGAGGCACGAUUGUUUUAAAGGUAAAGCUUAGAUCUCAGGAGGAGCGACUGGACUGAUGCUGGAUUACAUACAGGUUCAAUCCUGCUAAGCUUUGUUGCUUAGAAAAAUUCAUCUCCUGUUCUCUCAAUAUCCAAGCAGAAUUUGGUUUAGCAUGUGGAACAAGAUCCAUAGAUUCUUUUAAUGGUCCUCAUGUUGUUUUAUGAUAACAGCAGAACAAUUUCACCAUUACGAAGCCAUGAUAAAGCUGAGGUAGACACUAAUAGCUCAACAGCCCUUUAACUGUGGCACUAAAAGAACAGAAAUAAAACAUGAAACACAGCGGCUGCCAACUACUGAAGGAGCCAUCCUGUUAUUAUUAUCACUAUUUAUUUUAAAAUAAAUUAAGUUCCAUAACAUUGCCUAUAAAAUCUUUAUUAUUAUGAAUAAUAAUGGGGUUUUAUACAUUAUAU